AUGGUCCUGUCCCGGCAACUACUGCGAGACAACGCCCACAUCGCCGCUUACCACUUCCAUAAGCGUUAUACGCUGUUUAGGACUAUUGUCCUGAAGCAGAAGUUCAACCUAACGGACUUUUGGGGCCGUUACGAGUGGCAGGGCAGGGGGUCCAGUCACCACCACGGCCUAUAUUGGCUAAGUGGCCACCCAGACUUAGAUCCUGACAACGAUCAGUCCCGGGAGCAAUUCACCCGCAUCUGGGGAUAUCACGUAUCUGCUGUCAACCCAGAGCCUCAGCGAAUACAGGGCGAGAGGAACGAUGGCCAGAUUAACCACUACAACCGCUUGCUUACCGUUGCGUGGCUAGCCAAUACAGAUGUUUCGCCCUGCACGAGCCUCCAGCAGGUAAUCGAUUACGCGGCCAAAUACUGCUCCAAGUCGGAAAAGAAGAGCGAGUCUUUUGCCCAGAUCGGGAAGGCCCUGAUGCCCCGGGUCAAGGACCACAACCCCCUUAUUUCUUUCACGUCAAAGCUCCUCAAUCAGCUGGUUGCUGAGCGGGAUUACUCGAAGCAGGAGGUCAGCCACUUGCUCCUCGGCCUGCCGUUACAGGAAGGCUCACGAACCUGCCUGGACCCUUCCAAGUGGAAGCAAUGGCAGCCAGUCAACGUUAACGGCAGACCUCGUGUCACCACAGUCAUGGUGAUGACCAUUACGGUCGGCCAAAAGAGGCUCGAUUACAUCCCCAAGAUGAUCAAUAUGAGGCUCUGCCUGUGGAGGAAGAAUUUGAUGACGAAGACUGGAUUCGCCUCGCCGCCCUUUUACCUGGGAACCCCCUUACCCAGGAAGAUCUUGACCUUCUUGGCCGCCGUGAUAUCGAUGUCAAUUACGACUGGACACGGCAUCCACCCCAUGGCCAACGAUGUGGAGGUCCUUGGCCUCACUGGCGUAAUACGCUGA